ACAGUGUUUGUCCUCACUGCGGAAUAGACCCACAGCAGAAGGCGACAACACAAGAUACUGUGCAGGUUAUAUACUCGACAUAAACUGCGUUUUUUCAAAGUGCAAACAUGCAGAUUUUUGUGAAGACACUCACUGGAAAGACCAUCACCCUUGAGGUGGAGCCGAGCGACACCAUCGAGAACGUCAAGGCCAAAAUCCAGGACAAGGAAGGCAUUCCCCCUGACCAGCAGAGGUUGAUCUUUGCCGGCAAGCAGCUUGAAGACGGCCGCACCCUCUCUGACUACAACAUCCAGAAGGAGUCCACCCUCCACCUUGUCCUGCGUCUCCGUGGAGGCAUGCAGAUCUUCGUCAAGACCC